GUAAUAUUCUUUUGAAGUGUUUGGGAUGAAAUGAGAAAACUUUAUAAAUCAUUAAAAACCAGAAAACUAUUAUUCAUAGUUUAUUCUCUCUCUCUUUCUUUCUUAACUAACUAGUAUGGAGGUUGGAACCAAAAUAAAAUUUGAAGAGAAACAGGUAAGAGAGAUUAUUGAGAGUUGUGCAGAAUAUUAAAAGGGUUGUUCCCUUUAACUCUCACUCACUGCCAGUGCAUAUGCCAGCCAGUUCAGAAAUAUAUAUUUUUCUUUCCAAACUCCAUUAAAACACUUCUGCCACCACCUUCCUUUCACAAACCUUCUCACUCAGAUCUCUCCUUCACACACCAAAUAGCUACCUGCUUUCACCUUUUCAAUUUUUCUAUGUAAGAAUCACUCAGCGUUCACAUUGUGUACUCAAAGUUCAUUCAUCACCAACAACUACAGCAUUUUAUCACUGGUUCCAUCAAGAUUAUUUCAUCAGAACAUAGUUGCAGUUAAAGAGUUGAUAUCCAACAACAAUGCAAGACGCAAUUGGGAUUCCAGCUUGCUUCUCUUCGGCUUUGAAAUCAAGUGAUGAUCACACAACCGUGACCCGUUCAGGCCAGAGCGUGCACAUGUCCGUCUACAGAACAAAGAUUGCUGACCACUGCCGCUUGAUCACCGUCACAUGGUGUAAAAACUUGAUGCUCCAUGGCCUCUCAGUCUCAGUGGAAGGCCCAGAGGGGGAGGCACAGUACAGCUGCAAGGUCGAGCUCAAACCAUGGUACUUUUGGAGAAAACAAGGUUCCAAGCGGUUCCUCGUACACGGUAACAAAGCCGUUGACGUUUUCUGGGACCUUAAGGCUGCGAAAUUCAACGGCGAGACGGAACCAACCUCGGAGUACUACGUUGCAGUGGUGUGCGAGCAAGAGGUGGUACUCCUGGUGGGUGAUUUGAGGAAAGAAGCGUACAGAAGAACCGGGUGCAGACCAGCACUGAUUGACCCGAUUCUGAUUUCGAAAAAAGAGCACAUCUUUGGGAAGAGAAAGUUCUCGACAAGAGCGAAGUUUGAGGAGAAGGGUAGGUGCCAUGAGAUCUCAAUCGAGUGCAAGAACAAAAGCGACAUCGGAGGGGAAUCGCCGUCAAGUGGGGUUCAAGUUCAGCCAGAGAUGGAGAUAAGAUUGGACGGGCACGUGAUGAUCCACGUGAAGCACUUGCAGUGGAAGUUCAGAGGGAACGAAUCAAUUCAUCUGAACAAGAUGAGAGUGGAAGUGUAUUGGGAUGUGCACGAUUGGCUCUUUAGUCCUGGUUUGAAACACGCUUUGUUCAUUUUUAAACCUGUUUUAUCAUCCAUGUUGUCCAUGUCUGUGUCAUCAUCGUCGUCAACAUCCACACCAUUAUCGACUCAAACGGGGAGUUCUGGAUCCUUGGAGGGGUUCAGUGUGAACGAAUCAUCGGAAUUUUUCUUGUUUCUAUAUGCUUGGAAGGUUGAGUAAAAAAAUGGUGAGUAUAUGGAAAUGUUGAUGAAGAUUGAGAUUGGUGUGAGAGUUGUGUGAGAGAGAGAGAGAGAAGGGUGGUGGGGCCAGAGAGAGAGAGAGAGUGAGGGAUCUUGGGGAGUUAGUUACAGCUGGGGUUGAACAAUUGUGCAUAAUGGACAAAAGGGAUUGAAUCACAGACACAUGCCCAAUAAUUCUGCAUGCGUCCACGUCUAUCUACAUCUGUCAUCUACUGUUUUCGAAUUUCUCUCUCUUCGUCUCAUCUUGAGAACAGAGCUAUGUAUAUGAAAUAUGCAAUAUGCUUCUUUUUUUAUUAAAUUGUAAAGGUUAUAUAUAUAACAUAAAUAUAGACAAUAGAUUAUUGAAGUGGAUGUCUGUAUUGGCCAUGAAAA